CAUUCUUAAAAAAAAUUGGACUAAUAAGAGCCUAUUUUUUAGGUUAGGUGAAGAAUAAUGAUUUUCAUUGAUUGAAUAUGAUGUGGUUACAUGUAUAUAUAUAAGAGGAAUCUCAAUCCUAAACAUGGUAGGAGAGACACAAGGAAGGAAACCUAUACAAAUAAGCAUUUUUGUUGUCGUGAAACAAAUCGUGAAUAACCUUCCAGAGAGCAGAAGCGGUGGAGACAGAGGAGAUAACCAGAUCGGAGACUUCGUCAGAGAUGGUGGACAGAAUCCAUCCCUGGAGGAGAGCAUCAAGUUGGAGCCAUUCAUCAUCGUCUUCAGAGAGAGGGACGAUGGAGCCGUUGAUGUAGCCCUGGAGAUUGAAUCGGCGGACCAGGAGGAGAAAGAGGCGACUCCACUUCUUGUAGUUCGGUUGAGAGAGGCUGAGAAGAACCGGAACAUGGAGUUUGACGUUGGAGACCGUCGUGAAAGCAAGAUGAGGAGGCUUGGCCGGGGUGACGUUGGUGUUGGAGGUGAUCUCGCUGUCGGCCAUUGGGGAGAGGAGAGCCGGCGACGAGAGGAGGAGAGGAGGAGAGAAGUUGCUGCCGGCGACGAGAGGGAGAGGCGGCGCUGCUGCCGCUGGAACUGCCGAGAGGGAGAGCCGAGAGGUAGGCCCGGGCCUGCCCUCACGAUGGAGGAUGUCAUGCGCGCCAUCAACAAUUUGGGGAAGGAAUUGGAAACUACGAAAUCCUAUCUCGCCAAGGAAUUGGACGUGACAAAAAGCCAUGUCGCGGAACUUCUGGCCGCAGGUAAUCCGCCACCCCACGACGACUUACGGCGUCCUCCGCCGUACCGGCCACCGUCAGCUGCAUGGCGACCACCAGCUUCACGCACAUCUCAGUUUCCCGCCGCUACAGAUCCCAUCCCACGCAUGCGCAUCGAUGCCCCUCGGUUUUCGAGUGAGGAUCCCGUUGGGUGGAUUUUUCGCAUCCAAAAGUACUUUGAUUACUUUCUUACUCCCGAGGCUGAGCGUCUUCACUUGGUGGCUGUGCUAAUCGAUCAUCCGGCAUCGGAAUGGUUCCGUUAUUAUCAAGCCAACAAUUGCAAUGUCUCCUGGAUGGCGUUUUUGGUUGCGGUACGGCAACGGUUCGACCCCGACUAUUAUGAGAACUACAUCGGGUUGCUCUCCAAGUUACACCAGACCACAACGGUUAUGGACUAUCAAUCGUCGUUUGAGGCUCUAUUGAACAAAGUCGCCAGCGUGCCCGAACCAACACUGAUUGCUAUGUACAUCGCGGGUCUCAAGCAGCCCGUUCAACGUGAAGUUAACCUUCGUGCCCCCGGCACGUUACAGGAAACUUUCGCCCUGGCUCGCGAGUACGCCGCAAGCCGACAGGAUGCCCAGGCUGCUUUCGGAUCCUCUGCCAGACGCCAGUGGGGAUCUCCUCGGCCUAACCCCAGCACAUCUGGGCAGCCUUCAGGUAUCUCCACACCAGCUCACACAAACCCGCCCAAACCACCAGACACCCGUGCUGUCAAUUCCUUACCCGUCGUACGGUUAACCAACGCUGAAAAGGCCGAACGAGGGAAGAAAGGUCUGUGUUGGUUCUGCGAGGAAAAAUUGGAUCCCACUCAUCACUGCAAACGUCGUUUUCUCGCUCUUAUGGGGCCGGAUGAUGAGGACAUGGCGGCCGGUGAGGAACCCAACGAGCACCCUAUCACGGAGGAUUUGAUUAUUACAGGUGAUAUCUCAAGUUUGCACUCUUUGGCAGGGAGUCCUAGCCCAUGUUCCCUCCGCCUCACCGGUAACAUUAAAAACUCCCCGGUGCAUGUUUUGUUGGACGGUGGUAGCACCCAUAAUUUCAUUCACCCCACCGUUGCAGAGAGGCUCUCACUAGUGCUAUACCCCGUGACGCCCUUUCGAGUCUACGUCGGGAACGGGGAGUCGCUUCGCUGCUCAUAUUCUUGCCCCCAAACCGCCGUCGCAUUGCAGGGCCACAUAUUUGCAAUCGACCUCUAUCUGCUGGAGAUCCAUGGGCCGGAAGUGGUGCUAGGCGUACAAUGGCUCCAAACUCUCGGCAAGGUUUCUCAUGACUACGCUAACCUCACCAUGGAAUUCACUUGGAAUGGGGUGACAGUACAACUCAGGGGUGAUGCCCCAGGCCCCAAGCCGAUCUCCUACGGGCAUUUAUGUACUUUGGUGGCGACUAAGCAGCCGCUAGAAUUCUACGAGCUAGUGCCAGCACCUACGGACACCCUCCCAGCCUCGGCAGCCCCAGCGUUCCCUUCGGACGCCGCCGAUGCCCUGUCUAGACGCGACUCCGACGACAACACGGCAGCUUCCUUUGUGGCACUAUCACAACCCAUGCCGGUUAUUAUGGAAGCAAUCCGGGCAGAGCAGCGCACCAAUCCAGAGCUGGUCGCACUUAAAACCGCCGCCGAAGCAGGAACGGCCACUCCCGAGUUGACAGUACAAGACGGGGUGCUCUAUUAUAACCGGCGGAUUUACCUUAGUGCGGGAUCUAACUUAAGCCGACAUGAGGGCCUCAAAGUUUCUCCCUUUCAAGCUCUCUACGGACGUGAACCACCACACGUGUUCGCUACCCCCUCCGUCCGCUCCAAAGUGCCAGCUAUUGAGGAAAUUCUUCUUGAAAGAGCAGCUGUUUUGGAGGAAUUGAAGGCCAACCUUUGGAGAGUGCAGCAGCGUAUGCGAGCUUCUGCCAAUAUGCAUCGUCGGGACGUAUCCUUUCAGGUAGGUGAAUUGGUCCUCCUCAAGCUCCAACCAUAUCGUCAACACUCCGUCGCCAAACCCAAGUCUGCAAAGCUCGCCCGGCGAUAUUACGGCCCUUUCGAAGUUGUGGAGCGUGUGGGACAGGUAGCUUAUCGCCUGCGCCUGCCCGAUGGGUGUCGCAUCCAUGAUGUUUUUCAUGUCUCUCUCCUACGGCCGUUCGUGACUCCGGCCACCGGCGUACCCACCCCAACAUGGCCAGAAGAGUUUGUCCAGAAUCACCCCCUCUCAGUUCCCGUGGCAGCCCUACGCAGUCGCACCAUACUCGUCGACGGCGAUCCUCAAGAGCAAUGGUUAAUCCGCUGGUCCGACGGCACCGCGGAUGAUUCCACGUGGGAACCAGUGCAUAUGCUCCGCGAACAUUUUCCAACUCUCCGCCUUGAGGACAAGGCGAAUUCCGACAGCGGGGGAGUUGAUACGGGCCUAGAACAUGCAACCCAUAACGAAGACGAAGAACCCGAAGAACCCGAGUCCCCAAGGGUGAGAUGUUCACGAAGGAUCGUUGGGCCACCCCAACGAUACAAGGAUUACAUGUGCCCUUAAUAAUAAUAUUCUCUAUUUAUUUAUUUAUUUAUUUUAUUGUACCGUAGAUUUUCUUAGGGACUGUUGGUAUUGCUUAGCAAGGAAUUGUCUUAAUCUUGCAAGUUUGAGAGGCCAAGUAAAGUUUAAGAAGUCACUCUGCCUUGCCUAUGAUACUCACUCUUCCACAUACUCUGCCUGUGAUAGACAUUUCACAAAUUUUAUUUUGAUGUAUCAUUAUCCAAAAUGUGUUGCCUUUUUUAAACCUUUGUAAUAUGUAUGCUGUAUUAAGUUGCUCCACUAAUAUUUAAGUAAAUAUUAAGUUAUUAU